AUGUGUGGUUUCAAGCCAAAGGUCCAGAGAGUUGGCAAGGAGGAUGUGGUUGCUAUCCUUAUCAGAUUGUCUAAGGAUUGGCAGCAGGAAGAGUUUGAAUAUUUUCUUAUCUUAUCUUGGAAAUUAUGGCACAUUAGGAAUAACUCUGAGCAUAGUGGAACUAUUCCAAAGGCUAGUGAAGUUAUGGAAUGGUGUGCUCAAUAUAUUAAUGACUAUAAAGAGGCACAGGUGACUGGUGGUAAUGGGAAAGAUAGGAAUCAAUAUAGAGAAAUAGUUUGGAGUCCACCUGAGGUUGGUUUGCUGAAGAUAAAUGUGGAUGCAAGUGAGAAGAAAGGUUCAAGGUGUUCUGGAAUUAGUUGUGUGGUUAGGAAUGAAAAUGGUUAG